AUGGCUUUCGCGUUAAGACCAGCAACUUUCGGAGAUGCACCAAUUCUCACAGACAUCUACCUAGCAGCCUUUAAAGACGAACCCAUAUCUCGCGCAAUCUUCCCUCGAAUGGGACCAUCAUCAUACAACUGGUGGUACGACUCUAUCCUCGAAGAAAUGGGCAACCCAGAAUGGCACUUUAUCUGCAUCUACUCCACUUCAGACCCCAAAAAGUCACCUGUCGCGUACGCAAAAUGGAAUGCACCUACCUCAACUCCUCUCCCAAGACGCGAGGAGCUCCCAGAAUGGCCGGAAUUUUCCAAUACUGAGUUAGCAAAUCAUUUCUUUGGCACUUUGUUCGAGAAUAGGAGGGCGAAUAUGGGGGAGCGCAGACAUUGGUAUUUGGAAAUUCUCGCUACGCUGCCUGAGAUGCAAGGAAAGGGGGCGGCGAGUAUGUUGUUGAAGUGGGGUUUGGAGAAGGCGGAUGAAGCGGGAUUGGAGAGUUAUUUGGAGGCGAGUCCUAAGGGGAAGAGUUUGUAUGAGAAAAUGGGGUUUGAAGAGAAGGGGAGGUUGGUGCUUCCGUCGCCUGAUGAUGAUGCUGAGGAAUUUGUUGAGUGCUUUAUGCUGAGGGAGCCGAGAACUAAAAGCGAGUAA